UAUUUUAUAAGGCGAGUUGCCUUAGAAGAUAUCACAUUCAGGAGGAUUUCAUCGUCUCUAGCGGAUCUUCUCAAGCCGAAGAUGAAUGUUCUAGUUGUGUUGUUACUUUGCUUCCACCAAUACAUCCCACUCGAGGGCCUGCAGCUGGCGCCGUACCUGCCGUCGCUGGCGCCGCCUUCGGAGCGGGCCAAGUUCCUGCAGGAGGCGGCGGCGCAGGGCGACGCGGCGCUCAUCGGCUUCAUCCACAAGAGCGACCCGCUGGCGUGGGAGAGCGGCGACGCGUGGCGGCGCGUGCACGGCACCACCGCGCUGCACGCGGCCGCCGAAAGCAGCAACGGCUUCGCCGUGCGCGCGCUCAUCGCCCUGGGCGCCAACGUCAGCACCGUCGACGACCAACACCGCACGCCCCUGCACAUCACCGCCCGCGCAGACGGCGCCCUCGCCGCCACCAUCGAGCUGCUGGCCGCCGGCGCGGAGGUGGACGCAACCACUUUGUCGGGCGUCACCCCGCUGAUGGAGGCGGUGCUCCACGGCGCCUCCAACACCUUCGCCGUGCUUCUCCACGCGGGGGCGGACCGGGGCAAGGCGCCCGACGGAGGAUUCUCGGUGGCGGUGCAAGCUCUUCAGAAAAGGGACCCGCAAAUCUACGGCAGGAUCCUGGGAGCAUCCCCAGUUUAUGCAUCCGAGUACUAUAACUAUCCAUGUCGAGGAGAUGAUCCCCAUUUCCAAAGUGUGUACUUAGGAUCAACUAAAUGGAAUUCCACAGAUUCUUUGUUUCGUACUUCUCUGCAUCAUACCUGCGAUCUACUGACGUAAGAAUCUUAUUCUCUCAAAAACUGAUAAGUUUUUGCAAAAAUGGAAUCUUUUUUUAAAUAACAAUGUUUCUUACUAAUUUUUUUGGCAUUAAAUAUAGAUUAGUAUUUAAAACUGUAGUGAGAAGAAGCUUUAUUAGUCAUCUUUCUCGCAUGACCACACUUAAAUACUACACGAAAUACCACAAGUGAGAACAAAUUAUAGUUAUUGGUCUGUAGUUCGCCAUUAAUAACCAUUAACAGUUUUAUUCGAGUGCAGCAGUGCCAAUACUAGACAAUUAAACAUUAGAAAUAUAUUGGAAACUAGUCGCAGGUUCUUUUUAAUUGUUGCACUAAUUCGUGUCUACACCUCCACCACCCACACCUUCACCUCCACCUC